GGGGCGGCCGGGGGCCGUGGUGCCGAGCAGGGGAGCCCCGCGGCCAUGGGCUGCUACUGGUGGCUGAUCGUGGCCCUAGGAGCCUGUGCAUCUGGAAGCCCGCAGUGGGAUGUUCCUCGGAGGCCGCAGCCCGGCGCCGCCCGGCUGCACUGGGAGUCGCAGUGCCAGUAUCAACUGCGCCACCUUCAGGACGGCGCCAGAAUUGCAGUCGUGCUGCCUCCACGCCUGGAAGGCCACUGGAUUUCCAUCGGCUGUGAGGUGCGUCCAGGACCAGAGUUCCUCACCAGGUCAUACAUGUUCUACUCCAGCCGCAUGUUUAAGGCUUACCAGUUCUACUACCGGGACCCUGCCUGUAGGGACCCAUCCCACUCCCUGGUCAUCAAGGGCAAACUCCGCCUGCGUCAGGCCUCUUGGAUCACCCAAGGGGCGACCGAGGCGGACUACCACCUCCACAAAGUGGGCAUUGUCUUCCACAGCCAGAGCGCCAUGCGGGAGGUGGCUGCCCGAAUCAAUGAGACGAGCAGCAGCGGCUGUAGCAGGUCUCUCCCCCCGGGCAAGACCUGGGCCCCCGGAACCGUCUACGAGCUCUUGAGCGCUAAGGCCGAGCGGGACUGCACCGCGGCCCUGGGCUUUACCAUGCACGAGCUCAGCCUGAUCCGCGUGGAAAAACGUUAUCAGCUAAACCAGCCGCAGGGGAGUCGAGUGGUGGAGGAGCUGUACCUGGGGGACGUCCACACGGAAUGGUCCGAGAGGCUCCGCUACAGGCCAACGGGAUAUCAGCGCCCGUUGCAGAGUGCCCUGCAUCACGUCCAUCCGUGUCCGGCCUGUGGCAUCAUCUAUAGAUCUGAUGAGCACCAUCCUCCCCACCUGCCACGCCAGGCGACACUGCCCAUGCGGCUCAGUGGCAGGUGGGCCAGCGCCCAGUGUGAGGUGCGUCCGGCCGUGCUGUUUCUCACCAGGCUCUUCACUUUCCACGGCAGCAACCGCACGUGGGAAGGAUACUAUUACCACUUCUCUGACCCUGCCUGCAGGCAGCCCACCUUCACCGUGUACGCUUCUGGACACUACACCAAAGGAGUCCCAUCUUCGAAGGUGAAGGGUGGGACGGAGCUGGUCUUCAGAGUGACCCAGGCUCGGGUCACCCCCAUGGAUCAGGUGACGGUCGCUAUGCUGAACUUCUCUGAGCCAGGGAGUUGCGGGGAUGGCGGUUCCUGGGCAGCCGGAAUAGAGCAGGACAUUACGCUGACAAACGGAUGUGUGCCCUUGGGCAUCAAGCUUCCUCAUGUGGAAUAUGAACUCUUUAAGAUUGAACAAGACUCAAAGGAUCGCAGCUUGCUCUUUAUCGGAGAAAGACCAACUGAUGGAUCCAGCCCAGACAGGCCGGAGAAGCGCCCCACUUCCUACCAAGCCCCUCUUAUCCAAUGUGCAGGGAUCGCCGGUGUGUUUUCUCAUCAUAAUUAUCAGAGCCACUGGCUUGAAAAAUACACUAAUGCUGGAAGUCCAUCAUUGGAAGCGUGCCCUGCAACCUUUCUGCUAUUGGUCAUAGUGCUGCCAUUUUUAAGAGGGGUUUAAAAUGGUGAAACCUCUCGAUCCUGGACAGGAAAAGGAUCUGAAUCAGUCAGGUUCACAUAUGCAUUUAUGUCAUAUUUGGGUAAGCACAAAGUGAACUCGCCUUGUUUUUUAUCCUUAAGACUUGGUACCCUACUAUGUGCAUGUGUGUCUACAUAUAUGUAUACUGUCUCUCUCUUUACAUAUAUACAUGUAUACAUAUAUAUAUGCAUAUGUAUAGGUAUCCAACAGUGGACAAAGAUAGUGUACUGCCAAUUUGCCAGAGUGAACUGUGCACCUGGGGCACACUUGUUUCCAAAACUACAUUACACACUAUUCAGUUUUGAAGAUAGGAAUUAAAGAUGUUCUUUUUAGCUUUCAGCAUUUCUGUAGUUUAACUAAGGGCUUUAAUCCAAGGAGAAACCUGCCUUCCCAAGUGUCAGCAGCUUAAUUCCUCAAGUUGGGUUUCAUCUCCCUGUUUAUACCAAAUUCAGGCCUCAAGAUCUCUCAACCCAACUAAAAAACACACCUCUUCAGGACCUCCACUUACAUGGAGAGUCUAGCACAUGGAGAGUCACAGAGAACAGCACAUGGGGAGAGAACUAAGGUAUUAAAGGAAGAUGGAUCUAUUUAGUUUUACUGAGAUGUCUAGCCUCAGGAAAUCAGUGAAAAAUGUCAUUUGCAGAGAUUGCGUCAAACCACUAGUAAAUAGUAUUAUUUCUCUCUUACCAUUGGGUAAACUACCUUUGGAAGAUACCCCUGAACUAGCAAAAUGAGAAAGAAUGCCUUUUUCCAGCACCUUCUCUAACCAUUUCUUUAUACUUCUAGUAGGGCUAUUUUAACUUAAGAGAAUACCCAUAACAGUGAUUCAUCAGCAUAUUGAUCUCUUGCACCAAUCCAUCGUCCUUUAUACCAGGCUAAAAACAGGACCAGAAUUCCCAGGGAAAAGAUGUUUGUACUCCAAGGUCAACAUGAAGUUACACCAGGGAACACCUAGUUGCUACUUCCUAGAAGCCUCUUUGGCUUAUAGCUGUUUCAUUCAUUCAAUCGUAUUUAUUGAGCGCCUACUGUGUGCAAAAAACUGUACGAAGUUUUCCAAACAGCAAUCCCAGAUCACCCUGUUGUACACCCUAAUUGGGGUGUUUCUGGACCUGUAUGCUCUAGAAUUCUAAAGGUUCACUGUAAGGUUUGAUUUGUGUUCCUGGGAAUGAUUCAAAUUCUGGUGGAGCCAAGUUGCUGAAACUUUAUUUCCAUGAGUUUCCCUCAUUGAUAUUUGUAUACAUUUUUUUACCUAUUGCGCAUUUGGCAGGGUGAACAUUUGUCUUCAUCAUUAAACUGGGAGCUCCUUGAGUACUAGGCUCAUGUCCUUCUAUUAUAUAUUCCUAAGCAUCAAGUGAAGUGCUCUGCACCUAGUAGCCACUCAAUAAAUGCUGUGUUGGUGAUGUUCAAAGAGUGCCCCAUUCCAGUCACUGGCUCUACUUACCCUAGGUGAAUAAUUGCUGUUUAAAGUGCCUGCACAACUUUGGUGCUAAUUCACUGUCCUAACACCAUAAUAGGUCAAAGCAUCUGUCAGAUUAGAUGCAUCCGAGUUUCCUAUGUUAAAAAUGCAGUAUUUUUUUUGCAAGUUUGUAGUAUUUCAGUUACAUGAUUUAGAUUUACAGGUUUUCAUAAAUUCAUAGUUUUUGGGAGGAAAGGAGUUGUGCAUGUUAAUAUUUCUGGUCCAGAUCAUUUUGUUCUUUGACAUGUUACAAUUUUUUGUCAGAAAAGUUAAAUCAUGUGCAUCAACACCAGUACAGGCUUAAAAAUGCUCUUUCUGGUUAUUGGGCUAUUGGCUUUGGUUCUAAUUUUAAUCCAGGGAGUGACUUUAGUACGAUUCAAAUCCAAAGUCAGAGCAAAUAUUUGGAAUGUUUGCAGUCCAGCUGGAACCCAAAUUCAUCAAAUAGACUUUGGAAAUAGGUGAGAUUUUAAAAGUUGUUUUGUUGUUCUGUCAGACAAUAUCAAACUCACAAAUGUAUAUUUAAGGAGAAAUAAUGCUUCUACUAUUCAGAGCUCUGAUGUAUAGAUGUCUUGGUUCCAUUUUCCUAAUGGCUGGAAGACUGGACUUUUGGAUGCCAAAGUUUUACAAAGGCUUCCUGCUUGGUGGGAGAAUUUGCUAUUUAGACCAAAAAAAACCACAAAAUAACAUCAACAACAAAACAAACAAAACCCCAAGCAAAUAAGUAUUUACUGGAAUCACUGUAUACUCAGGGAUUGAGUUAAUGUUUCUGAUCUGAUUUUUAUUACUCCUGUUACCCUCUCCUUCAGAAUGGAAGUUUAGAGUUUAGGACCUGAAUGUACAUAAACCAGAAUAUGUACCUGGUGAGCACAAAUACCCGUAUACAUACACAUAGUUGUCCUUCAUACUCCAAGAUGUCUGAUGGUUGGAAAGGCCAGUCAGUGCAGGAUUUACUGUCCUGACCACACUUGUGCACAAACAAAGAUUUCUUUGUUGGACUGCCAAGUUUGUUGUUUGCAGUGCCUGGUAAUAUUUUCAAUACAGCCUGUUCAUCUCAUGAUCCUUGGAGAGCUUUUGCUUAAAAAGAGUUGUUCUGUCUGCUAGUAUCGCAAUAAUGCCUGAAGUUUUGUCUUAAUGUCUCUUCAAACGUUUUGUUGACUCCCAUUUUCAGCUCAUCAUACAAUGCUGUUUAGAUAUCCUAUCGCUUAUGCUUUUCCCCAUCCCACCCAGAGAAGCUGUGAUGAGUUGAGCACAGCUUCAACGUCAGAAGACUGACUUUGUCAUUUGGUGAUAUUGUCUUGUUACUUUAUUGACUAUGAACAAUAAAUGACCCCACUGUAACAGAGUCAGAUGUAGUGUCCACAGAAAAUGCUGAAGACCUUCAUUUUGAGAGCUCAUAACACACGGUUGCCACACCCUGUUGAAGUUUCCCAAAAUAUAUGCUGACCUCGA